CUCUUCGUCGUUCGGAGCGUGCACACGCUGUGUUGAAAAGCCAACUUGUUCACGCGAUCACAAAAGUUUUCUUUCGAUUCGAAUUUGGCUACCGUGUUUUGUUUUUGAUCUCUUGGCGUUUGUGACAAUGGUGCUGGCUGAGUUUUUGACAGAAACCAGAAGGCGAUGGUUGAAGGCCUUCAAACUCUUCAAGAGGAACAAAAGCCGAAAGUCGUCUCGCAACCGCGUGUCUCCAGAGCUCAUACGAUCACCAUCAUACAGCGGUACAGUGGACGCCAGUUCCGAAAUAGACCUGCAACGAUUCUGCCCUUGCCGAGCCUCAAUGCCUCCAUUACACAUCUCGUCAGACUCAUACGAAAACAACUCCUACUACUCUAGUUAUAACAGCUAUGACAGCUCAAGGCACGAGAGUUUCGAUGGCUGUAACUCUGAUGCCACCAGGACGGAUUCGGCGUAUAACUCUGCUAGAAGCAGCCCUGCGUAUCAAAAUUCUGUCUGCUAUGCAACAGUGACGUAUUUUAACGUGAAUGACAGCGAGGACUCUAGCAGUAUUAAAACAGAGUUCACUCUCUUGGAUGAAGGUGACAUUGAUGAAGAUGAAAAAGCGCAAAAUUUGAUAAAUGAAAGCAUCGAGCUGACAAGCACGUUAUGAAUCUUUUAUGGAUUGUUGGAGUUACACUUUAUACGGAGUUUUGGUUUAGUAAAAUUCCAAGAUGUCAAUUUUAUGGACAGCGAAGUUCGUAAAACAAAUGACAAAUUUCCUUUAACCAACAUGAAUUGAAAAGUUUGGAUACAUAUAGAGGAUACCGGUAAAAAAAUGAGCAAAACUGCCGCUUCGAGAAACAAUGCAGACAUGAUGGAUGAAUCUCUAUAAAAAGAACAAUCAUUUGAAUAACGCAAGGAACCCAAUUUGUUAAGAAGUUGUUUCAAUUCAACGAGAUUGGACUGCGACGUUCUCGUAGCAAUAGCUACAAGGUGACACCGUAUUGCAAUCACACACUUAAGUGUGAGUUAUUCCAUCGCAGCGACGGGUUUUGUCGGUAUAUGUGUAUAAAAACCUGUAGAUAAUAAAAUAAUAUAAAAUAUUUACCCGGC